GAGCGGAGCGCGGAGUGACCCCAUUUCCCUGAGGGAUUUUCUGUCCCCAUGGCGAGGGACGAGCGAGUGACGCUGCUGGAGGUGCACCUGGCGCUCCCGGAGGAGCAAUUCCAGAGUCUGAAGUUCCUGCUAGAAGAGCAAAUUCCUGCCGGAGUUCUGCUCCCGGCAUCACGCCCCGAGUUGUGCCGGAUCCUCCUCCAGCGCUUCCCGGGGAAUUCUCUGCGUGUGAUCGCCGGGAUCCUGCGGCAGCUCGGCCGCCACGACCUCAUCCAGCGCUUCCAGCUGCCCCUGGAAGAGCAGAUCCCAGAGGAAAUUCCCUGGGAGCCUAACGGGGACACCCCCAAUGUGAGGGGGGACCCCACUUCAGGAUGUCGUCCCGGUGGGAUUCCAGCUCCACCAGUGAAUCCCUGGCGCUUGACGGAGAAGGAUUUGAUGCAAGUCGCCCAAAGAUUGGGAAAAGAGUGGCAGGAAGUGGGAAUUCUGCAUCUAGGGCUGGAGCGGAGCCGGCUGGAGCAGAUCCAGGAGGAAAACCCCGGUAGUCCUGUCCUGUGGAAUUUCCAGAUGCUGCGGGAAUGGUGGCAGCGGGAGCGACAGGAUGCCACAGUGUCUCAGCUCCGAUCCUGCCUUGAGCACGCCCGGCUUGAUCCCGGAAUCCUCGACUUCCUCCAGAGCCUCCAGGGAGAUUGAGGGACUCCCAAACCCCAUUUCGGGGGGAGAGGGGGUGUGAUAUCAAAUUCGUAUAAAAUUGGGACCAUUAAAUGCUGUUUAUUCCAUGAGAGUAGAAUUUUGGUAUGAAGCACCAAGAACUUCCAUCUUUAUUCCUGAUUUAAAGAUUCCAGAAGGAAGUCUAGGCUCUGCUCCACUUCCUCAGGGAUGGAAGCAGCUGGUUUUGUGGUACCCUCCCAAGAGUUUUUCAGGUGCUGACCCUUGGAAGAUCCCCUUCCGUACAAAUUCCAACCUCUGGAGCUUCAGGAAGUCAUGAGAAUGUCAGGGGAGUCACAAGGCCACUACAUCCUGAUCCCAGAAUGCACAACAUCCUCUGGAGCUUCCAGGGGAAUUGAGGGACGCCCUACACCCCAAACCCCAUUUUAUGGGGUGGGGUUAUAUCAAAUUAUUAUCAGAUCAGGACCAUUAAAAGCUGUUUUAUUUU